UAGCGUGUCGAGAACGCACAUAGCAAUCGAAAAACCGUAUAUCGAAAAUUCGAGUUCGAAAAUUUGAAAAAAGCAUUCGACAUCGAAAAUCGCGAAAUCAAUUUUUUCUAAGUGAUUACCAGAAAAACAAAAAAAAACAGAGAAAAAAGUGAAGUGAAAAAUACACAGAGAAAAACCAAAGGAUUACUCUCUCUUUCGGAUACGAAACAUGCAUCUGCCAGCGGGUCCAACGAUGGUGGCCAAUAACACACAGGUCCUGGCAGCCGCCGCCGCCGCUGCCGCCGCCGCAGCCGCCGUGGCCCAAGCACAGGUGCCCCAAAGUGGCAGCAGCUCGGGAUCCCAGAACAACCUGGCCAACACCAGCACCCAUUCGGCCAGCAGCACGGGCAGCUCGACGCCCGAUCUCAGCACGAACAACAAUAACACUAGCACCAGUAGCAGCAAUCCCCCGAACUCCGCCAAGAUGCCCUCCUCGAUGACCGACAUGUUCGCCUCGCUGCACGAAAUGCUCCAGGAAUACCACGGCGAACUGGCCCAGACGGGCUCCCCCUCGAUCCUGUGCAGCGCCCUGCCCAAUCACUGGCGAUCGAACAAAUCCCUGCCCGGCGCCUUCAAGGUGAUCGCCUUGGACGAUGUCCCCGAUGGCACUUUGGUCUCGAUCAAGUGCGGCAACGAUGAGAACUACUGCGGGGAGCUGAGGAACUGCACCACCACGAUGAAGAACCAGGUGGCCAAGUUCAACGAUCUGCGCUUCGUGGGAAGGAGCGGUCGCGGAAAGUCCUUCACGCUGACCAUCACCAUCGCCACAUAUCCGGUGCAGAUCGCCAGCUACAGCAAGGCCAUCAAGGUGACCGUCGACGGGCCGCGGGAGCCAAGAAGUAAGCAAAGCUAUGGCUAUCCCCAUCCCGGCGCCUUCAACCCCUUCAUGCUGAACCCCGCCUGGUUGGACGCGGCGUACAUGACCUACGGCUAUGCGGACUACUUCCGCCACCAGGCGGCGGCCCAGGCUCAGGCCCAGGUUCAUCAUCCUGCCCUGGCCAAGUCCUCAGCCUCCUCGGUGUCCCCGAAUCCUUCGAAUCCCUCGGUGGUGGUGCCCACCAGCAGCUCCUCCUCCUCCGCGGCGGCAGUUCAGUCCGCGGACUAUCCACAUCCCGGAGCGCCGGCAGUGGGUCAACCGGGCGCCAUGAUGCCCUCGCCACCGGGACCGGGUGCCCUGCCCCAUGCGAUGCCCCAGUUCCCGUUCAACCAUGUGGCAGCCGCCGCUGCCGCGAAGGCGGUGGGCGGCACCCCGCACGCCUUCCAUCCGUACAACUUUGCCAGCGCAGCCGUCGGCUUGAGGGCGCGAAAUGCGGCACUGCAUCACCAGCAGCAGCAGCACCUCCAGCAGGACGGCGCCCCCAUUGUCCACGUCAGUCCCGCCUCCUCGCGGCCCUCGAGCUCCUCGCCGCAGCAGCAGCAGCAGCACGUCCUCCUCAAGCUGAACACCUCCAUUGAGACCAGCUCGAUACACGAGCAGUCCGCCAGCGACGGCGACUCGGAUGACGAGCAGAUCGAUGUGGUCAAGUCCGAGUUCGAUUUGGACAAGAGCCUGGAUGUGACGCCGCUGAGAAUGCGCUGCGACUUGAAGGCGCCCUCGGCGCUGAAGCCCCUGUAUCACGAAACCAGCUCGGGACUCCAAUCCUCGCCGGAGACCACGACCAAAAUCAAGAGCGCCGCCGUCCAGCAGAAGACCGUGUGGCGGCCCUAUUAAAACCAGGGUUCGAUCUCAAGGUUUUUGGGAGCAGGAGAAAAAAUUAUACAAAGUGAUAAAACAGCGGCGGCGCAGAGCGGCAAGCGGGCAAAAAAUUAUAAUUGUGAUAUAGUGUUAUAAGUUGAUGAGGAAGAUGAAGACGCCUCCGGCCGGCAAACGGAGCAGCAAAAAAAAAAAUCAGACCAGGACUCGAACUCGAACCCAACCCUGGAAACUCAGACUCCGGCGAAGUUUUAUGCUCGGUUAACAUAAAAUCGUGCGACGAGUUUCGAGUUUCGACAGGCCCUCGUUUUUCACCAGGAUUUUCUACAAAUCCCAGCGGAAAAAAGAAAAAUCCCAACUCAAUCCAAAAACCCUAAAAAACUUUAGUUAAAUUUAAUUUCACACACAUUUUGUACAUAGCUAAAAACUAGUUGUAACACUCAUUACUAUUUUUUUUUGAAGAAACUCCUUUUUUUUCGAUGGAUAAUAUGCGAAUUUAGCUAUUUUUAAUCUUUAUGUUUAAACUAGUCGUCUAAGUGAGAAAUCAAUUUUUUUGUCUAGCCCGUAAGUUUUAGCGCGAAAAGAAAAAUCUAACACAAAAAAUC